CUUAACACCACUGAAGAAGAGGCGGGGCGUGAAGUAUUGUGUGCACGUAAAUUAUUGACUCAAUGUUUUGGUGAUAUGGGAUUUGGAUUAGACAUUGUUCUCAUGCAAAGUAUGUUCAGACCAACAAACGACCCACGCGGAGGGUUAUUCUGAGUAUUUCGAGAUGAAGAGACUAGUUGACCUACGUUUUAUUCUUAAGGAGCUAACCAGGAGCCACCCGAGAAUAAUAACCAGAGACAGCCAUACACACAAGGCAUGUCAUCCUAAAAACUUUACUGACUAUGACACUAUUAAACAUGAAUUCAAAUUCCCCCAAAUCUCUGGGCAUUUUAAUUUUGCAGAAGAUGUUUUAGACAAGUGGGCAGAAAAAGAAAAGGCGGGCGGCAGAGCAUCUAACCCCGCGCUCUGGUGGGUAGAUGGCCAGAGAAGGGAGGUUCAGUGGAGCUUUGAGGAGCUGGGCUUCCACUCUAGGAAACUGGCCAAUGUCUUCACUGAGCUCUGUCAGCUCAGGCAACAGGACCGCGUCUUCCUGAUGCUGCCCAGGAUUCCAGAGUGGUGGCUGGUUAAUAUCGCAUGCCUCAGAACAGGCACUGUGCUUCUGCCAGGGACCUGUCAGCUGACUGCCAGAGACAUACUUCACCGGCUGCGCACCUCCGGGGCCAAAUGUGUGGUCACAGACGAGUUCCUGGCCCCGCUGGUGGACGAGGUGGCCCCCCAGUGCCCUGCCCUGAACUGUAAAAUAAUAGUGUCUCACUCCAACAGCAGGCAGGACGGCUGGAGAAACCUCCAGGAUCUGAUGAGCAACGUGUCCAGCGACCAUGUCUGUGUGAAGACCCCCAGAGAUGACCCCAUGAGCAUCUUCUUCACCAGCGGCACAACAGGGUCUCCUAAAAUGACCCAGCACAGCCAAUGCAGCUUUGGGAUCGGCCUGACUGUCAAUGGAAAGUACUGGCUUGACCUGACGGCCAGGGACGUGCUGUGGAACACGUCCGACACAGGGUGGGCCAAAACGGCCUGGAGCAGCGUGUACGGCGCCUGGAUCCAGGGGUCCUGCGUCUUCGUCCACCGCAUGCCCCGCUUUGACACCUCCACCGUGCUCGAGACAUUGUCCAAGUUUCCCAUCACCACGUUCUGCACUGCUCCGACGGCCUACCGCAUGCUCAUUCAAGAAGAUAUGUCAGAGUACAGCUUUGGGUCGUUGCAGCACUGUGUGUGUGCCGGGGAACCCAUUAACCCAGAGGUAAUGCAGAAGUGGAAGGAGGCCACCGGACUGCAUAUCUAUGAAGGAUAUGGACAGACGGAAACGGUCCUGAUUGCCGGUACCUUUAAGGGGAUGGACAUCAAGCCGGGGUCAAUAGGAAAGGCAUCCCCAGCAUAUGAUGUGCAGAUUGUGGAUGACGAAGGUACUCCCCUGUCCAAAGGAACAGAGGGCAACAUUGGUAUCAGAGUCAAACCAGACAAGCCCUUUAGUCUCUUUACUGAAUACACAGGGGAUCCGGAGAAGACGGCAGAGUGUUACCGGGCAGACUUCUACCUGACCGGAGACAGGGGGUACAUGGACGAGGACGGCUACCUGUGGUUUGUGGGACGCGCCGACGAUGUCAUCCUUUCGGCUGGGUACCGGAUUGGUCCGUUUGAAGUGGAGAACGCUCUGAUUGAACAUGAGGCCGUCGCAGAGUCGGCGGUGGUGAGCAGCCCAGACCCAAUCAGAGGAGAGGUGGUGAAGGCGUUCAUCGUCUUGACGGCCGAAUACGAGUCUCACGAUAAAAGCCGGCUGGUGGCAGACCUGCAGACGCAUGUCAAACAGGUCACGGCACCGUACAAGUACCCACGCAAGAUUGAGUUUGUGGAGCAGCUGCCAAAGACCAUAAGUGGCAAGAUUAGAAGAGUGGAGUUACGCAAGAGAGAAUGGAGCACCAAACCGGAGGCUGAAUGAUACUACAAUUUUAUGCAGCAUAUAUAUAUUCUCAAAUACAA